AUGACGAUGGUUGACGAUGCGGCUCUCGCCGCCGCCGCUUCGAUUGUCGCUUCGAUUGCUCCAGAUACCCGACCACCUAACUCGAUACCAGUUGGUGUAGCUUCCCAGGUACAGCUGCCAGGGCCCGACACUCCCGCCAAACGCAAGCUAGAGUUGGAGCUUCAGAAUCUCGCUUUGCGUGUUGGAAAGCUCGAGAGCCAGGCCUCAGCUACCUCUCCAUUUCCAGAUACACCUAACGAGGUUAUUGACACCCUUUUCGGCGAAGAGGCUCUUGCGGUGGCGGCCCGCCCCAAGCCCAAAGUCUUUCCCGCCCAAGGUAGUCUGCACUCUCCGCAUAUGCCUACUUAUCAGCUGACCGAAGAAGCCCUCGAAGGACUUCGAGACCAUGUGGACGACCAGUCCAAGUUGCUCGAUAGUCAACGCCAGGAGCUCGCUGGUGUAAAUGCCCAGCUCAUGGAGCAGAAGCAGCUCCAGGAGCGAGCCCUUGAGAUCCUCGAGCAAGAGCGUAUCGCCACUCUGGAGCGUGAGCUUUGGAAGCACCAAAAGGCCAACGAGGCUUUCCAAAAAGCUUUGCGAGAAAUUGGCGAAAUCGUUACCGCCGUUGCUCGCGGUGAUUUAACCAUGAAGGUCCGCAUGAACACUGUGGAAAUGGACCCUGAAAUUACAACAUUCAAGCGUACCAUCAACGCUAUGAUGGAUCAACUGCAAAUAUUUGCUAGUGAAGUCUCUCGAGUGGCUCGUGAAGUCGGCACCGAAGGAUUGCUGGGUGGCCAAGCCCGCAUCGGAGGUGUUGACGGAACAUGGAAAGAAUUGACUGACAACGUAAACGUCAUGGCACAGAACCUGACUGAUCAAGUGAGAGAAAUUGCAUCUGUUACAACCGCUGUAGCCCAUGGCGACCUUACCAAGAAGAUUGAACGACCUGCCCGAGGCGAGAUAUUACAACUACAACAGACCAUCAACACCAUGGUGGACCAACUUCGAACAUUCGCCUCUGAAGUCACUCGUGUAGCUCGAGAUGUCGGAACCGAAGGCAUGUUAGGCGGGCAAGCUGAUGUUGGGGGAGUGCAGGGCAUGUGGAACGAUCUAACCGUCAACGUCAACGCCAUGGCCAAUAAUUUGACGACUCAAGUGCGCGACAUUAUCAAGGUUACCACAGCUGUCGCCAAGGGAGACCUGACACAAAAAGUUCAAGCAGAUUGCAGGGGCGAGAUAUUCGAGCUCAAGUCAACCAUCAAUUCCAUGGUUGACCAGCUGCAACAGUUCGCCCGCGAAGUCACAAAAAUUGCUCGUGAAGUCGGCACUGAAGGUCGUCUAGGAGGCCAGGCCACCGUCCACGAUGUCGAGGGCACUUGGAGGGACCUAACCGAGAACGUCAAUGGCAUGGCCAUGAACCUGACCACACAGGUGCGUGAGAUUGCCAAGGUUACCACUGCUGUGGCCAAGGGUGAUUUGACAAAGAAGAUUGGGGUCGAGGUCAAGGGUGAGAUCGCAGAGCUGAAGGAUACCAUCAACCAGAUGGUGGAUCGUCUUGGUACAUUUGCCGUGGAAGUGAGCAAGGUCGCCAGGGAAGUAGGCACAGACGGAACCCUUGGCGGACAGGCUCAGGUAGCCAAUGUCGAAGGCAAAUGGAAGGAUCUCACAGAAAACGUCAACACAAUGGCGUCAAAUCUCACUGUUCAGGUCAGAAGUAUUUCAACGGUUACUCAAGCCAUUGCCAACGGCGACAUGAGCCAGAAGAUCAAAGUCGAGGCAAAUGGAGAGAUACAAGUGCUGAAAGAGACCAUAAACAACAUGGUUGACCGCCUGUCUAGCUUCUGUUACGAAGUGCAACGAGUAGCCAAGGAUGUGGGAGUUGAUGGAAAGAUGGGCGCACAAGCCGAUGUAGGCGGCCUCGAUGGUCGUUGGAAGGAAAUCACAACAGAUGUCAACACCAUGGCUAGCAACUUGACCACACAAGUGCGCGCUUUCUCGGAUAUAACUAACUUAGCGACUGAUGGGGACUUUACCAAGCUUGUGGAUGUAGAAGCAUCUGGCGAGAUGGAUGAGCUCAAACGCAAGAUCAACCAGAUGAUUUCAAAUCUACGAGAUUCUAUCCAGCGCAACACCCAGGCCAGGGAAGCUGCCGAGCUUGCCAACAAAACCAAGUCAGAAUUUCUGGCCAACAUGUCCCACGAAAUCCGAACGCCGAUGAACGGUAUCAUUGGAAUGACUCAACUGACAUUAGAUACCGACCUGACUCAAUAUCAGAGGGAGAUGCUUAACAUUGUCAAUAAUCUUGCCAAUAGCCUCCUGACGAUAAUUGAUGAUAUCUUGGAUCUUUCCAAGAUUGAGGCUCGGAGAAUGGUGAUUGAGGAGAUUCCCUACACACUACGGGGAACUGUCUUCAACGCCCUCAAGACUCUCGCCGUCAAGGCUAAUGAGAAGUUCUUGGAUCUCACCUACAAGGUCGACAGCUCCGUACCCGACUACGUUAUUGGCGAUUCCUUCCGUCUCAGACAAAUCAUUCUCAACCUUGUUGGCAACGCCAUCAAGUUCACAGAGCACGGCGAGGUUAGCCUAACGAUCAAAGAGAGCAUAACGCAAAGCCUUGUCCGCCCUGGUGAGUAUGCAGUUGAGUUUGUCGUGCAGGACACGGGUAUAGGAAUUGCUCAGGAUAAGCUGGACUUGAUCUUCGACACGUUCCAACAAGCCGACGGCUCCAUGACACGAAAGUUUGGCGGAACUGGUUUGGGUCUUUCUAUCUCUAAACGACUCGUCAACCUAAUGGGUGGCGACCUUUGGGUUGACAGUGAACAUGGAAAGGGCAGCGAGUUCCACUUCACAUGCCUGGUCAGACUCGCCCCCGACGACGCUGCUUUGAUUGAGCAACAGAUCCGUCCUUAUCGUGGCCACCAAGUGCUAUUUGUCGAUAAGGCACAGUCCCAAAACGCCGCCUCGAUUAAGCCUAUGCUGGAGAAGAUUGGUCUUAGGCCCGUCGUCGUGGACUCAGAGAAGAGCCCUGCUCUAACUCGCCUUCAAACUGGUGGCUCACUCCCCUAUGAUGCUAUCCUGGUUGAUUCCAUUGACACCGCCAGAAGGCUGCGGGCUGUUGAUGAUUUCAAGUAUCUCCCUAUUGUUUUGUUGGCGCCUGUCGUUCAUGUUAGCCUGAAGUCGUGCUUGGAUUUGGGAAUCACGUCGUAUAUGACAACGCCGUGCAAGCUCAUUGAUCUAGGAAACGGCAUGAUUCCUGCUCUCGAAAACCGAGCAACACCAUCGCUUGCCGAUAACACAAAAUCUUUCGAGAUUCUGCUCGCUGAAGAUAAUACCGUCAAUCAACGAUUGGCGGUAAAGAUUCUUGAGAAGUAUCAUCAUGUCGUUACGGUGGUUGGCAACGGCUGGGAAGCCGUCAAGGCUGUACAGAGCAAAAAGUUCGACGUCAUCCUCAUGGAUGUACAAAUGCCGAUUAUGGGAGGUUUUGAGGCUACGGGCAAGAUUCGAGAGUACGAACGUGGCAUAGGAAGUCAUCGAACACCUAUCAUUGCCUUGACGGCCCACGCCAUGAUGGGAGAUCGAGAGAAGUGUAUCCAGGCUCAGAUGGAUGAGUACUUGUCCAAGCCUCUUCAGCAGAACCACCUCAUCCAGACUAUUCUCAAAUGCGCCACUCUUGGUGGCCCAUUGCUCGAGAAGAACCGUGAACGCGAACUGGCACUUCAUGCCGAGACGAAAUCGAAACACAAGGAAGGCGGACAGGGUCUGCUACGCCCUACCCUUGAAACUCGCUCCUUCACGAGUCGCGACCCUCUCUUGGGAAACGGCAAAGAGAGUCCUGCUAUCAUAGCAACUGAUGAUGAUCCCCUUGCAAGAGCACGUCUCGACCUUUCUGAUAUGCGGAGUCUUACCAACUAA